AUGGAGUUUUAACUCUAUUACAAUGAACAUUCUAUGGAAACUGAUUAUAAAGUUAAUACUUAGGAUUUGUUUGACAUUUAUUUAUGCAACAAUUCAAAAAUUAGAAAAGACUAGGGGCUAAUCUUAUUUAAGAGCUAAAAGGAUAACACUAAUAUUUUUUAGAAAUUUGGAUUAAUCAAAAUUAAUUUAUUAAAGUCAAAAAUGAAUACUUAAGGAAUCAAUCUAAAAGGUGAAAGUUCUAAUACAAUUAUUAUCAGACAACCAACCAUUUAUUAAGAUAAUAUUUAUUUAUCGAAUAAAUGUUGUGUAUUUGAUUGA